GAGGCGAGGCAGCAGAGAGAAUUCGCAGUCAAGGGAGACGCCAGUUAUCCUUUUAGCAGUCAUUCAUUGAGCCUCCCCUCUCAAGCACCGAGCGCACAGAUAGGCAACCGGACUGAGCAACAAUGUUGUUCUGCAGAGCAGCGUGGCAGAGACUCGGGCCCCUUGCGCGAAAGACUAUCCCACCACUAUCCAGAAAUGCAGUCCCUGCACGGACAAUGUCUGCAGCUUCGGGAGGCUCGGGCAUGAACAAAGCUUUGGUCGUCGUGGGGGGAGGCUCUCUUACAGCUGCUAUUAUUUAUGCUUACAAGACGGUAAACUCAGACAGUGCAAGAUACUCUGACAGAAUCGCAGAGAUUGAAGCCAGGCCAAAGACUGAGGAAGUUGGAGUGGUAGCCGCUGCUGAAGAGGCAGCCCCAGUAGAAGCAGCCGCUCCAGUCGUAGAGGAGGUAGCAGCCCCUGCUGCUCCAGAAGAAAGUGCACCUAUGGAAGAGGCACCAGCCGCUGCCGAACCCGCGGCGGAGGAGCCGGCAGCCACAGAGCCUGCCGCUGAAGCCGCACCCGAAGAAGCGCCUGCGGCUGAGGCAGAAGUGGCACCGGAGCCUGCCGCUGAAGCGGCACCUGCCGAGGAUGCCCCAGCCGCCGAGGCUCCCGCGGCAGCAGAAGAGGUGGCCGUGGCUGAAGCUGCACCUGAGGAGGCACCAGCAGCCGAGGCCGCAGCGGAAGCAGUCGUGGAGGCAGUGGCCGAGGUCUCUGCCGAGGCCACAGUGGAAGCAGUCGUGGAGGCAGUGGCCGAGGUCGCCGCCGAGGCUCCGGUAGAAGCGGCUCCAGAGGCUGCCGCAGAGCCUGCAGAAGAAGCCCCCACAGAGAGCUCUGGUGAGGCGCCAGUGGCCGAGGCCCCCGCAGCAGAGGCUGUCGCUGCCUGAGCUGGUCUGCACUCCGACAGGGAGGGUGGUUAGAGCCAUGGUCCUUUCCCCACUCCCUACACCGCCCCCAGCCCCCUCUACAUUUUACAAUAAGCUGCAGUUGUGGACUUUUGCUUCAUUUGAAUUUCACAUUUGAAUGGCAAUUUCAGGGCACCUCGUUUCCUUUAUAUUUCCCAUACAAGAGAAAUUGGGAUGCUCGCUCUUGUCUCAAAAUAUUCUUUCUAUACACCGGUAUUUAUCUUUGGGUGGGAGAGGCGAAGAGGAGUUUUAGGGAGAAAGGGAUGUUUUUAUCAGAACAGUACACAGUUAAACAAUAUCUAGGCAGUUUUGUUUCUCCACUGAAGACUAAUUUCUGACUGUGUCAGAAUGAAUAUAAUGAAUAACUAAUGGCUUCUUUGGAGAAUCCAAACGGGCUUAUUAGGAUUGGGAUGUGGUACAGCCUAAAUGCUAGUCUAUAUCUAUGCACUUCCACUUUCACAGGAUUCUCUGCCCUGAACAUGCAUCUGAAGUAAAGUUUGGGUGUGUAAACAUCCUAGACAAGUACUUGAUAUCAGAUGAUGAAUGUGAAGAAUUGAUUGUGUGGCUGCACAAUCCUCUGCUGCAUCUUACUGUAAAAAUGUGACCAAAUGCUGUUUUCCCUGUUCUGGCUUCCCUGCUCCCUCCUGUCUCCUCUCCUGUUUCCUUGUAGAGUGCUAAUUUCCACAAUACCUCAAGUCCUUUCUUCACAUCUGGACACACAAGCCAAUAUUACUGUACACCAGACUGAUAGUAGUGAACUUUCUUUUGUAAAAUCAACUUUCCGCUAGCCUUACCUCUCAGGAGCCAAAAUGGUCGCUCUAAGGAGCCAAAAUGGCCGCUCCUUACUUCCCACUCCCAGGUGUCCACUACCAGUCAAACGGCACCGCGCCUGCCUAAAGUGGGCUAAACAAACCUUGUCAGGCCUUUGUUUCCAAAGGACAACCUUUUUUUUUCGUUUUCAGUUUUUGAACCGGUGUCCCAUGUGUCCUCCACUACAACCUUGAGGGCUGGAGCCAUAUUUUUCUUGGCGGGUGUGGAACUGUUGGUGUCAGCAAUGUCUUUCUUUGUAAAUGUGAAGUCUGAUGAGAUGUCCAACCACACGCCACUUCACAUUGCUCAGCAUAGGAGAUUUUUGUACUGUGCCGUCUUUGGUCCUCACCUCGGCCGACUAACUCUAGAUUAUGAUGGCCUGUUUGAAAGGCCAAUGUUAAAUCUUUGAGUGAUAAGGGAAAUUCCAUUGAUUGUUCAAUAAAGUUGUUAAUGUCAAA